AUGAACCCUGCAGACAUCCCUGAUGUGGUCCUGGUGAAGAAGAGCUACGGAGACAAGGUCAAGAGGUCGAAACAGAGGAACUGGCAGCUGCAGAUGAUGGACCGGGAGAUGGAUGUUACCGUGGCGACGACCAAUGAGAAGGGGGCAGAGGAGGACUACGAGGAGUUCCUGGAGGACCUGGAGGAAGACACGAUCUACCGCAAGAACGUCAACAUCUUCUUCAAUCCAGGACACCAGACAGUGGCAGUCGGGGACAGUGAUGUCAGUGAAGAUGUUCCAAGAGUAGGUCUGGAAGAAAUGCUCCAGGAAAUGACCAUUAAUGACAGGAUAGACUAAUUAUAAUACCUAAUUUCCUCGAUUCAGUUGAAAGAUCCAUUUUUGUGAGAGUAUUAUACAAGCAAGUCCAUAGAGUGUGAUCUUUAACUGCUUACAUGUAUUCUGCGCAGUGUUUUAUGUAACAACAUGGGAUGUAUGAACAUAAUCACACACAGACAUCAUAGCUAAAUGUAAAAUUUAUAAUGUGAUACAAUAUUUUGUUCAUGUGUCAACCAACGAAGUUAGGUAGCAAGGUGAAGGAAAACAAAUCAACUGCAUGCAUGCAUGUGUCAGAACAACAAAGUCAAAGCAAAGGCAAACGACACAAAGUCUCUGUGAGUAAAGUUCAGUCCGGCAGAGAAGAGGUGAA